CGUGUAGUUACCGAAACUUAAGACCGAAAAUAAGAAAGGAAAAAAAGAAGGAAACUGAAUGACGGCUGGAGGAAGAUUUUUAAAUGUAUUUAUUGAUAUGUAACCUAAGUGUGAUUUAAUGAUUUUUAUGCCAAUAGACUGUAGCAGGCUAGCUAAUAAUGAAUGCAACAAAUCACAUCGAAGAAUUGAAAGAAUUGGUGCAAAAAAAAGGGCUUGAGCUGAAGUUUGAAGAUGUUAGUUCUGAAGGGUCCAGUCACAUCCAAACGUUUACUGUAAGGGCGGUGCUGGAUGGCAAAGCCUAUGCCAAUGGUGUGGGGAAGAACAAGAAUGAAGCCACACAAAUGGCGGCUAAAAAUGCCCUGGAAGGAAACCUCAGUGAUCCAGUGCAUGGAUUGGUCCCAGUUGAAACUGCAGAGUCAACUAAAGCAGAACCAGCUCAGUGUUCUCCACUUGUAGUGAUAGUUAAGGAGGACCCAGCUGCCAAAGAAGAGGCAGCCCAGCUUGUUUAUCAUGACGUGCAAAACAGAACAGAUGACAGUGAAACACAGGAGACAACUGAUAGCAUGCCAGUUGAGCUAAACGAAGAUGAUUCUGUCAGUACUGCUGCAUCUAGCAUGAGCAUCGCCUUUGAAGAUGAGGGCUUUUCAGAGAGGAAUAUCCAAUCAGCAACAAGAUUUUUGUCAAAUUAUGACUCAAUUGAUAUUCUUGGCAAAGGAGGCUUUGGAAGCGUCUUCAAGGCAAGACACAAACUGGCUGACAGAUUUUAUGCCAUAAAGAUAAUUCGCUAUAAAGAGAAAGCUCUACGUGAGGUGAAGGCUUUAGCAGCCCUAAGCCAUGUUAAUAUUGUGAGAUAUUACAACUGCUGGAUGGAGAAUACAGCGUACCAGUGCGACUCCCCUGAUUCUUCUGACAGCUACAGCUCAUCUCAAACAUCUGAAAUAGUUGAAAAGUAUGUAUACAUUGUGAUGGAGUUAUGUGACACUAGAACACUUAAAGCCUGGAUUGAGGAGAAAAACUCUCAAAAUGAAAAGAAAUCCCGCCGUGACCCCCGGAGACGAGAGGAGAGUCUGAAGAUCGCUCAGCAGCUGGUCACUGGAGUGGAGCAUAUCCACUCACAUGCACUAAUCCACAGAGAUCUGAAGCCUGUAAAUGUCUUGUUUGGGGGUGACGGCAAAGUGAAGAUUGGAGACUUCGGCCUGGUCACUACAGAGAGCAAUGGUGAAGAAAAUGUAACAGAAAGAACAUAUUACAAAGGGACACGGUCGUAUAUGGCACCUGAACAGAAGACAUGUACAAACUAUGAUCGGAAAGUGGAUAUUUUUGCUUUGGGACUCAUAUAUUUUGAACUCCUUUGGAAGACUGUAACAGUACAAGAACGCCAAACGAUUUGGGAUGAACUCAGGGUCCAGAAACUUCCAGAAGGCUUUACGCGCUAUUUUCUACAAGAGGGCCUUAUAAUAAAGUCCAUGCUGUCAUCUGAGCCACGGGAUCGACCAGAAGCCAGUGAAGUGAUGCUGGAACUUGAAAAAUGUGCCCAGGCCAUCACAAAUAAAAACACGCACUCGGUUUAAUUAUUACAAGAAUACACCUUUUUAUAUUUAUAUUGUAUUUUUAUGUCUUCAAAGCCAUUUUUUUCAACAUCAUGAAUUGAACUGUAAUACUAGAUGUGUUGGCUACACAUAAUGAUGAUGCAAUCUGAUGUUAAACAUGUCAAUAAACAAAAUACGGCAAAGGUA